AUGCAUCAGAUUCGAAAUAUCUACACGGGCUGGGUGGCGCAGGUCCUGGAUGCCGACCUGCUGGUGGAGUCGUGGCAGAGACAAGGUCACGAUCUGCCCUCCAACUGCUCCCUGCCCAAACACGUGAUGAACAUCAAGAGGGUUCAUCUCCCCGGAUCGCUCCCGUUCCAGUCCUACCACGACCACUCCAAGUGGUGUGUGUCGCAGGUCUAUGACGACGACGUGACCUGCCUGGGGGACAUGAACAGGGAGAUGACCCAGCUGAAGCGCGGCGGGGGGCUGAUCUGCUCCCUCAACCCCCUGAUUUACAGGGCUUUCCGACAGGCGGUGGACUGGUACAUUGGCUGUUGACUGAGAGAGACGGACAGCACAAUGUGGACUCUAUGAGUCUGACACUCAGAGGUUUAAAGAGGUUUUGAGUCUGUGCAGGUGUAGGCAUCCCUUUAAAGGUCCAGUCUGUAGGUUGAAGGUGGAUCUAAGUCUAAGCGGUGCUCUUUAUCAUAACAAUAGUCAGCAAGUUGUUUUCCCCCACUCCGUCAUGAUGCACCACCGUGUUUCUACAGAAGCCCAGAGUGGACAAAUCAAAUACUUUCUCU